CCCGAGCGCGGGGUGUUCCCGCUCGACCACUUCCACGAGUGCGACGCGAGCAAGACGCGAUACUUGGAGUGUUUGGCGCGACGCGAGCGCGACGCGACGGCGUGCGCGACGCUGUCCAAGGCGUACUUAGAGUGUAGAAUGGCGCGAGAGCUCAUGGCGCGAGAGGAUUUGACGCAAUUGGGGUUU